AGCCGGGGGGUCAGGGGCGCGCGCCAAAAGGCGGGCAAGCGCCGCUGGGGCAGGAGCUGAGGACCCCGUCUGGGCCGGGCCGGUGCGGCUGCUGGGAGCCCCGCGGGGGGAUGGCGGACGGAACCCCCGGUGGUCCCCCCUCGGGCUCGCCCCGGCCCGGGCCCCCCCGCGCCCCGCAGAAAGAAGGACCUGCAGCCGCCGCCGCAGGAGCCCCCGGCGACCUGAGUCCGCUGCGCUCCUGUUCUGGAGGCUCCGCUUGCAGCAGCCGCGACAACUCGGCCGAGAGGGACCCCCCCGGCCUGGCCAGGACCGCCCCCGCCGCCGGCAUCAUGAAGGACGGGUCCCGCCAGCGCCCCCUGCAACACAAGAAGAAGACGGUCUCCUUCAGCACCAUGCCCAGCAACCGCAAGCUCAGCAGCACCGCCGCCUGCAUCUCCUUCAUGCUGGAGGGCUGCGAGAUGAAGAAAGUGCGCUCCAACUCCCGCAUGUACAGCCGGUUCUUUGUGCUGGACCCGGACUUGCGCUUCAUGCACUGGGAGCCUUCCAAGAAAGACUCUGAGAAGGCCAAGAUUGAAAUCAAGUCGGUCAAGGAGGUGCGCGUCGGGAAGAAGACGCCGGUGCUGCGCUCCAACGGCCUCUCGGACCAGUUCCCGGAUGAAUGCGCCUUCUCGAUCAUCUACGGGGACAACUACGAGUCCCUGGACCUGGUGGCCGGCUCUGCCGACGUGGUGAAUGCCUGGGUGAUGGGGCUGCGGUACUUGGCCUCCUACGGGAAGCACACCCUAGAGGGGGCUCCCGAGACCAGCCACCCGAACCCCCGCACUUCCUGGAUUGCCUCCGUCUUCGACAUCGCAGACCUGGAGAAGGAAGGCCGGAUCCCGGUUUCCCGUGCCGUCCAGCUCAUCCGGGCCCUCAACCCCGGCAUGAAGACGUCCACCAUAGAGCUGAAGUUCAAGGAGCUCCAGAAAGCAGCCAGUGAGCGGCUCGGGGAGGAGGUGGGCUGUGAAGUCUUCGUAGAGGCCUACUGCGAGCUGUGCACCAGGCCGGAGGUCUUCUUCCUCUUGGUCCAGUUCUCCAGCAACAAGGAGUACAUGGGCCUGAAGGACCUCAUGAGCUUCUUGGAGGCCGAGCAGGGCAUGGAGGGUGUGACAGAGGAGAUGUGCCUGGAGAUCGUCCGGAAGUACGAGCCCUCCAAGGAAGGGCGGGAAAGGGGCUACUUGGCCAUUGACGGCUUCACUCGCUACCUCCUCUCUGCUGACUGCGACAUCUUUGACCCCCAGCACCGCAAGGUGUGCCAGGACAUGACCCAGCCAUUGUCCCACUACUUCAUUAGCUCCGCACACGGAGCAUGCCUGGCUGAGGACAGCUGUUUUUGGGGCGGCUCCACUUCGGACAUUGGAGGCUAUGUGGCGGCACUCAAGGCCGGCUGCCGCAGCCUGGAGCUCGUGGUCUGCGAUGGCUCUUCUGGGGAGCCAGUAGUCGGUGCUGGCACCCGCUUGGCCUUCUCUAGAGUGGUGGGUGCAGUUGCCGAACAUGCCUUUGAGGCCUCGGACUUCCCACUCAUCCUGUGCCUCUCGGUGCGCUGCUGCAUCGUCCAGCAGCACCUGGUGGCCGAGCACCUGAGGAAGACAUUUGGGGACAAGCUGUACCUGGUGCCUCCGAACCCCAGCGAGUCAUACCUCCCCUCCCCGGAAAAGCUCAAGAACUGCAUCCUCGUCAAGAGCCGGAAGCUGCUCCCCAGCUGCCAGGCCAGCGAGGGGGACGUGUCAGAUGAUGAGGAGACCCUGGAGCUCAGCCUGCCUCUCAGCGAGGAGGACCGAGAGCGGCCGCGUUGCCGGCGGGCCUUGUGCCGCGAGCUCUCGGACCUGGUGAGCCUGUGCCAGGCCGUGUCCUUCCAGGGCUUCGAGGCCUCUCGGCGGAACCAGUGCUAUUGGGAGACCUGCUCCUUCAGCGAGGUGGAGGCUGGGCGGUAUGCCAAUGAAGAACCGGAGGAUUUUGUGGAGUACAACAAGCGCUUCCUCUCCCGGGUCUACCCUAGCCCCAUGCGCAUCGACGCCAGCAACAUGAACCCUCAGGACUUCUGGAAGUGCGGCUGCCAGAUGGUGGCCAUGAACUACCAGACGCCAGGCCUCAUGAUGGACUUGAACGCUGGCUGGUUCCGCCAGAACGGGGGCUGCGGCUAUGUCCUCCGGCCGGCCAUCAUGCGCGAGGAAGUGUCCUACUUCAGCGCAAACACCCGGGAUACCUUGCCGGGCAUCUCAGCCCAGCUCUUGCACCUCAAGGUGAUCAGUGGCCAGAAUCUGCCCAAACCCAAGGGCUCUGGGGCCAAGGGCGACGUGGUGGAGCCGUACGUUUGUGCCGAGAUGCACGGCAUCCCCGCCGACUGUGCCGAGAAACGCACCAAGACAGUGCUGCAGAGUGGAGACAACCCUGUCUUUGAGGAGACCCUGGAGUUCCAGGUGAACCUUCCAGAGCUGGCGAUUCUGAGGUUCAUGGUGCUGGACGACGACUACAUCGGGGACGAGUUCAUCGCACAGUACACAAUCCCUUUUGAGUGCCUCCAGGUGGGGUACCGCCAUGUGCCCCUCCAGUCCCUGUCCGGCGAGCCCCUCGCUAACACCACCUUGUUUGUCCACGUUGCCAUCACCAACCGUCGAGGCGGAGGCAGAGCGCACCGGAGGGGGCUCUCGGGACGCAAGGGCCGGCGCAUGCGGGAGUACACCUCCACCAAGGCCACGGGCAUUAAGGCUAUUGACGAGGUGUUCCGCACUGCCACUCAGCCACUGCGGGAGGCCACAGACCUGCGGGAGAACAUGCAGAAUGCUCUGGUCUCCUUCAAGGAAUUGUGUGGCCUGACACCGGCAGCCAACAUCAAGCAGUGCAUCUUGAAGCUGGCCACAUGGCUGCAGCCCAGCGAGAAGGAGAGCCCCCCAGCCGUCACUCUCAACCUGAGCGAGGAAUACCCUUCUAUGGAGGCCCAGGGGCCGGUCCCGGAGCUCCUGCGGAAAGUGCUUGCUGCCUACGACACCAUGAUCCAAACAGGCCGCACGCUAAUUGAGUCAGCCGAUGCUGUUCAUGCCAAGAUUAUUCAGGUGCAACAAGCAGGGAUGGGGUUUCACAAGGAGCUGCACCGUUUGGAGGCCAAGGAAGGCCUGAAAGGGCGGAAGCUGCAGAAAGCUCUGGAGAGUUUUGCCUGGAACAUCACCGUCCUGAAGGGCCAGGCUGACCUACUGAAACACUCUAAGGCGGAGGCACUUGACACACUCUGGCAGAUCCACAACGCCGCACAGUCCUGUGGCAUCGGCCGGAAUGGCGCCGCCUCCCCCGACCUCUUCCGCGGCCGAGCUCUCCUCGAUCCCAUCCCGGAAACCGAAGGAGGCAGUGACACCGGAUCUUGCUGACUCGGAGUGGCCCCGACACCUAGGGAGGGCAGUGGACUUAUGGACACACACAGAGACUCGGGAUGAAGCGUGGCGGAUUUCUAUUUUUAUUUUUAUUUUUAAAAAAUCGACACGAAGCACAGUUUUGUCUCCAGCGCGGGGAAGGAGCUUGAGGUUCUCACCAGUCAACUUCCAAGUCGCUAUGUGUGUAACAACCGGGCCUCUCUUUUCGUAAACAGGGUGACCGACCCCAGACAGCAGAUUUCAGAUGGCAGUGACAAACAGAUUUGACAGUAACCUGUGGGAAAACCUCUCCUUCACCAGCCUCUUUGGUCAUGUCCACAUUGAAGACGUGCGGCUUCCCCCAAAGAAUUCUGGGAACUCUAGUUUGUUAAGGGUGCUGGCAAUUGCAGCUCUGGUAGGGGCAAACUACAGUCCCCAAGACUUUGAGGGAAGCCACAUGCUCUAAAUGUAUGGUGUUGAUGUGAUCACUGAAACAAACAGGAGCCUCCAUGUUCCUUAGGGUGCUCCCAUUCAGUUUACUGAGGCUCCAGUGUCAGCAGAGGUCUCUUCAUUCAUUGGACCAAUAACCAAGCCUGGCCCAGAAGCUUUUCUAUAGGGGCUCAGAUAGGUGUCAGCUGACCUGCUGUGGCCUAUCAGUGUAAAGAGCCAGAAAUUCCCACAUGAGUCUCUCCCCCACCCUGUCAGUAAAAACACAACCACCAUAAAUCAAUCUGCUGUCCUUUUCCUGACACCUGAAAUCAGCUCAGUUUGCUGCUCAAUGGUAGGGCCGGCCCUGCUGGAAUUUCUUCCUUUUGGACGGAGGCUGGUGGCUUCUCAGAGGCUGAAUCUCCUGCCUGACAUUUCUUGAGGUCUUGCGUCAAGGUCUGCUAGAAGCACAAGGCACUAAGAGCUGUGCAUAGGAUCACCUCUGAUCCUAUGUAGCGCCCCCUGUUGGUGAGUGGGAGGAGGCUGCCAUUGGCAUGUUAUUUGGGCUGGGACUAAAAUAAAAACAGCUUCUCUUUCUCUCCACCCUUGGAACUAAAUUCACUAGCAAGAGGAAGGCCAAACUCAGAUUUUGGGUACAGAACCCCCUGGGAAUUGAGUGGCUCACAGGUGCAGAGCAAGGCUUGUAGCUGUGGGGUGCUGGAAGAGACUCCCUCAGGAGGUGUGGUGGGCUCCCUGCUGGUAGUAUUUAAGCAGAGGGCCAACUGUCAGGGAUGCUGUGCCACUGAGAUUCCAGGAUUGCUGGGGUGGUCUGAAUGACCUCCAGGUUGCCUCCUUCCAACUUGGAAUAUUAUACAGUUCUGUUGUCUGCUGGACACAGAUCUUCCUCAGGGCAAGGUGGCAGUGGGGAGAGGGCUAGAAGACAUCUCGGUAUGUCUUGUUCUCCCCCACCAUGUUUUGAGGCUCCUAGUUAGAGCUGAAAUGACAGGGAGGAAUACAUCUCGAAUUUUCCUCUCUAGAAUCUGGUUUUAAAACUUCAAAUGGUUGCAUCAAGUUAAGUCACACUCAGAGUGGAUCCACAGAAAUGAACAGAAUUAAUUGAAGUGUGCCAGUUGAUUUCUGUGGGUCUAUUUUGAGAAUGAUAUAGCUGGAUGCAACCAAAAUUUUAUCCUCUCCUGACUCGAUUCCCCCCACCCCACCCCAUUGUUCCCAAGUUAUAGAAUAUUGGAUUCAGGGUUGUGGGGUUUGUUUGUUUGUUGGCCAAAAAGAAAGCAAGGCUGUAAGACUGUAAAUCUAACAAGAAGAUCAUACCAUCUUGAAAAAUAACAUGCAGACCUUAAAGCUUGAGUUUUCAAAGUGUCCCUUAAAUUCACAUUUGAAAAUGUUGAAAUUUGAAAUAUUUUGCCAGUCUCACAGAUAUUUGUGCAAUGGUGUCUUCUGGUUCCUUACAUUGAUCUCUUUCUCACUUUUCCUUGUUUUUGGGGUGUUGCUGAGUGGGGGGGGGGGCAUAGACUGACGAUUCCCCAGCUGGGCCCUGUCCCCCUCAUGCCAGACCUGGAUGGCUUCCUCUAGGAUUGUGAGGGAUGGAUUCUCUUGACAAUAAAACCUGAGCUUCUCUUCUCUU